CCUACACCUGCGGCACAGAUGUCGGGACCGUCAUUAUAUACAUCUGCACCUGCUGCAGCAGUGCCCGAACGCACCCAGCAUGGACUCGAUAACGAGGCUUUGAAGGAGCUAGAUCGCGUUAGCUUGAGGGAGAUCCUCGACCACGAUUCCAGGCCGGCGUUCAUCUUGGACUUGGACUCCGAUAUCCUGGAUUAUGCCGAACCCAAACAUGGUAUUCGGCCCAUAUUCUGCAACACUGCGCUUCGGCUUCAUGAUCGCCUGCUGGACCGAGUUACAAGCGCGCCUUCGGCUGUCGACGUAGCCGAAAUAGCGACGUACGAAGCUUUCAAAACCUGGGCUACAGGCGUGACCGAAUUUGAUGACUCGAGAGAUGUCUUCCCAAGCACUACCAUCUACAGCGAUUUGCUCUGGACUGGAUCUACCAUUCGGCGGAGAUGGCGGGUAAUCUCUGGGAAUCAAUGCCACGGUAUAUCGCAACUGCCCAAGGGCGACCUCACCAAAAGUUCUCCCUCGGGGCUGAGUGCCAUUACGAAUCGUGCCCGCAAAUCAACUGCUAAGACCGCGCUGAACAUAUCAUCUACUGUUGCAGCACAUCCAGACGGUUCUGUUGCUGAAUCUAACACAGUAACACAGAACACUACUUUGGUGGCAUCGUCAUUACCUCCACUGCAGCGUUCAGAAAAGACUUCCGGUGGCACAUCUAGUGGUACUGUGGGCAGUGGAGCAUCUGUAACGCUGUCCACGCCCACUAAAGGAUGCCCAGACUGGACUGCUGAUCAGACAAAGGGUGAGCUAUCUGAUCACAUGAUUUUUGCUCGAAAUGUGAAUUGGGGGGAAACACCAUUGGGGAAAAUGUCUACUUGGUCGCUUGAGUUUCGAGAAAUCGCAAAUCUAGUCAUGCGCUCGCCUCACCCGGUGUCUCUCUUUUGGGGCGAAGAACUGACAAUGCUGUACAACGAAGCUUAUAAGAACGAAGUCGCUGGCAAUAAGCAUCCUGACCUGAUGGGAACUGGGUUCUCUGGUCCGUUUCGUGAGCUUUGGGACGGAGUGGCGCCCAUAUUCAGAGAGUGUGCCAAAACUGGACAAUCUGUUCGUAAAGAGAAUGAUAGACUUCCGAUUGAGAGAUAUGGCUAUUUGGAAGAAACAUUUUUCUCUUGGAGCUUUGUCCCGGUAUAUGGAGGUACGGACCGUAUUCUUGGUUUCUGGAAUGCGCCUUUCGAAACAACUUAUCAAAUGAUCAACAGUCGGAGACUCCAAACACUACGACAUCUUGGGGAAAAGUUGGCGGAAACCAGAUCUGUGAAACACUUCUGGACAUGUGUGCUUGAGGGUCUAGAGGAAAACCAUUACGACAUACCAUUCGCUCUACUUUACUCCAUUGCCGAUUCUGAUGAUGCGGAUACAGCAUCUCAUUCUUCCGACAGCACAAUAUCGUUGAAAAGUUGUUUUUUGGAAGGCUCCAUUGGAAUUCCGGAUGGCCAUCCCGCCAAACCUAGGAAACUCGAUCUAAAGCGAAGUACGGAGGGAUUUGUGCCCGCGUUCCGAGAAGCUAUGCGUACUAGAGAGCCGACCAUAUUACAUACCCGUAAUGGAAGUCUCCCAGAGGAUCUUAUCGACGGUAUCCGAUUCCGGGGCCACGGUGACCCCUGCAAGGAGGCAAUAAUCAUUCCUGUUCGGCCUACGAAUGGUGAGAACAUAUUCGCGUUCCUGCUGAUUGGUAUAAAUCCUAGGAGAGCGUACGAUGAAGACUAUAAAAUUUUUGCGCAUAUGCUUAAUCGUCAAUUGGCCACAUCCUUAGCUUCCUUCCUACUGUUCGAAGAGGAAGUGCGGCGAAACAAGAUCGCCGCUGAAGCUGCUACACUUGAACGCGAAGCUCUCAGUCAACAGCUGGAGCUACAGGCCAGUCGCAUGCGGCGUAUGACAGAGCUUUCGCCGUUGGGCAUGUAUCUGUUCAGUCCUGAAGGGGUUUUAUUAGAAGCCAACGAACGCUUCUAUGAAAUGACAGGACACCCUCGAGAUAAUGAUAAUCCAGCUGAGUUUCUGGAAUACAUUGUCGACCAUGAAAGCCAAGAAAAAGCUCAAUCGAUGUGGCAGAAUGUUCAAAUAGACAGCAAAAUGCGACAAGAAGAACUUCAACUUCGGAACCCCAACUAUAUUCCUCGAGAUCUCACAGGAGAACCCAUAGAAUAUUGGGUCUUGGCCUCUUCCCAGCCAGAGUUCAGUUCCGAUGGAAAGAUUCGAUCCAUUAUGGGCUCAAUUACAGAUAUCUCACAAUUGAAGUGGGCACAAGGUCUUCAAAAUCGACGGUUGCAGGAGGCGGAAGAGACAAAACGACAGCAGAACGAGUUUAUUGAUAUCACAAGCCACGAGAUGCGAAACCCUCUUUCAGCUAUCCUGAUAUGCGCUGACGAUAUUCGCGACUCGCUAUCUGGUGAUUUUGAUUCCACGACGAUUGAGGAAUGUAUUGAAGCAGCUAACAACAUCGCCCUCUGCGUACAACAUCAGAAGUCGAUAGUCGACGACAUAUUAACUGUGUCCAAAUUGGACUCCAAUUUACUGCUUAUCACGCCAGUACCUGUUCAACCGGUUUCUAUUGUGCACCGGGCCAUGUCCAUGUUCAAGCCCGAAGUUCAAGCCAAGGACAUAGAUUUCCGCUUCUGCCCAGAUAAUUCCCUCAAAGAUCUAGCCGUGGAUUGGGUGAAUCUUGAUCCGAGUCGUCUCCUUCAAAUUACUGUCAAUCUCAUUACAAACGCGAUCAAAUUCACACAAUCGUCGCCAAAGAGAGUGAUAUCAGUUCGUCUCAAGGCAUCUAUGGAGCCGCCCAUUGUCCACGAUGAGUCUUUUCAAUAUGUUCCCACCCGUACUGAACAUAUCAAUGUUGCGAAUGGCGAUGAAUGGGGCGAUGGUGAUCUUCUCUAUAUCCGAGUCGACGUGGAUGAUACUGGUUGCGGUCUCACAGGCGAGGAAAAGCGGGUACUGUUCGAACGAUUCGCCCAGGCAUCACCUAGAACCCAUGCGCAUUACGGUGGCAGUGGGUUAGGUCUUUUUAUUUCGAGACAACUCGCGGAACUUCAUGGAGGCAGGAUUGGCGUAUCGUCUGUAUCGGGUUUAGGGAGCACGUUCGGCUUCUACAUUCAAGCACGACGAGCGCUCGCAGAAGAGCGGCCAACAACUGCUCUUCUAAACCCCAAUGACCAGUAUUCGAAUGCACAGGGCAAUCGGCUCCUGGGACAAGCAAACCAUCCUGCACUCGCUCAUACCACUUCCAGCCCAGCUGCUCUUCCAACACGAACUGCUCCCAACGAAGGUGGCACAUUGUCAUCUGAUGCUCUACAUGUUUUGAUCGUAGAGGACAAUUUGGUGAACCAGCGUGUCUUAUCAAAACAGCUCCAGAAAACGGGUUGCAUUGUAUACACCGCCGACAACGGUGUUCACGCGCUCGAUCAUCUCGCCACAACUGCCUUCCAGCUACCCGGCGGUACGCCCCUUUCUGUCAUAUUGAUGGAUCUUGAAAUGCCAGAGAUGGAUGGCUUGACGUGCGUAGGUAGAAUACGCGAAAUGGAAUCGGAUGGAACCAUAAAGGGACAUGUGCCUGUCAUAGCCGUUACGGCAAAUGUCCGAGGCGAACAGUUGAAAGCAGCAGUCGCAAGCGGUAUGGACGAUGUCGUGACGAAACCAUUUAGGAUUCCCGAAGUGCUGGCCAAGAUAAAUACGGUGCUCAAUCGGCUUAAUCCAGAAGGUAAAUCUUAG